AUGUCGCGACCAGAAGACACACUCCCCCCAGACCUCUUCUACAAUGACACCGAAUCCCGCAAAUACACCACCUCCUCGCGCAUCCGCUCCAUCCAAUCCUCCAUGACCCACCGCGCCCUCUCCCUCCUCUCGCUCACCUCACCCUCUCUGAUCCUCGACGUCGGCUGCGGCUCCGGCCUGAGUGGUGAAAUCCUCUCCGAACCCGCGCCCGACACGCCGGGUGGCCCACACGUCUGGAUCGGCUUCGACAUCAGCGCGUCGAUGCUGGGCGUCGCGCUAGAAAAGGACGUCGAGGGCGACCUACUACUUGCCGAUGCGGGACAAGGUGUGCCGUUCCGGCCGGGCACGUUUGAUGCGGCAAUUAGCAUCAGUGCGGUGCAGUGGCUGUGUCAGGCGGAGAGCAGUGAGGAGUGGGACACGCCUGCGGCACGGCUGUCAAGGUUUUUCAACGGCUUGUAUGCGAGUUUGAGGAGGGGCGGGAGAGCCGUGUGUCAGUUCUAUCCGAAGAAUGAGGAGCAGAAGAAGAUGGUUAGUCAGGCGGCGAUUAAGGCAGGGUUUGGCGCGGGAUUGUUGCUAGACGACGAGGGCACGAAGAAUGCGAAAACGUAUUUGGUGCUGACGGUGGGCGGUGGGGAGGUGGAUGGGGAUAUCAGUGGUGUGGUGAGGGGCAUGGAUGGCGUGGAUGUGGAGGAUGCGAGGCGGAGACAGAGGGGGAUGAAGCGGGGCGAGGAGAAGAAGGGCAGCAAGGCGUGGAUCUUGAAGAAGAAGGACCAGAUGGAGAAGCAGGGCAAGGUUGUCAAGGCGACGUCCAAGUACACGGGCAGGAAGCGGAGGAUCCAGUUCUAG